CUCGGAGUCGCCAUCCUCCUCUCUGCGGCAACUCCCUCGGUCGCCGACCACGACCACGAGCUCGACAGGUUCGGGAGAAACAAGCCUCACAAGUCCCACCAUGGCCACGGACACGGGCCGGGACACGGACACGGUCACCUCCUGUUAGAGGAGGAAGAGGAGGACAGCAAUGUUGUUGAGGCGGGAGAGGAUCACCGUGGAGGCCGCGGUACGGGGGAGAAGCCCUCGCCGGAGCACAAGCCACGCCACGAGCACAACCACCCCCGUCCGCCCAAGGAGGGAGGGAAGCACCACCACCCCGGAGGAGGAAUGAGGCGGUUGUUUGCGGCGGCGGAGGAGGAGGUUGUGGCUGUGGAGGAUCACUACUCCGGCAGAGGAAGCGGUAAGGGUGAGAAGGGCUCUGGCCGUCAUCAUCACGAGAAGCCGCGUCACCGCAAGUUCCCUCCUCCGUCUGCCAACUAAGGUUCUGUAUUAGAGAAGUCGGUAAUGUGGUUCGUACAAGCAAAAUAAAGAGAUGGUGCAGUAGUAGUACUGCUACUGUAGGUCGUAUGUUGAAUAUUGUCUCUGCGUUUAGGCUUUAGCCUUUAUGUGUACUCGUUUGUAAUGUGAUAUAGUUUGCAGCUCUUUGCUUUUGGCCUCGUAGCCGUCGGCUAGUUACAGCCCUACAUUAGGCGGCUUGUACUUUGGUAAUAUUUUGUCGAUGAAAUAUAACUAGCUAUUCUCAUCGAUCGUUUGCUUUGAUAUAAAUCAGAAUCAUUACUGGUAAUUAAAUGAGUAAUCACUUAUAUGAAAUAACAA